CUUGUAUGAAAAAAGAAAAGAAAAACAAAACUAAUGUUAAUGUACAAUUGUUGCCCUAAUAAACUAGUCACUAGAGUCUAGAGCAUCAGGCGUCAGGUUUACGUGAACCCACCAAACCUUACGUCAAAAGUAAUACCAGAUAACAUAAAAAGGAACGAGCCAGCAACUCAUUUGCCACAUCUUCCUAUCUCCUUCCACUGAAAGCACAGCAGACUAGGAGGAUGCCAGAAGAAGCUGAAAGCUCCGAGAUCGUCGUCUUUCUCACGAAAGAACUCGAAGCCUCUCUCGAAAAGAACGGCUCGUUGGAGAGAGAAAACCAUGAGUUGAGGCAAGAAGUUGGUCGUCUCAAAGCUCAAAUAACUUCCCUCAAAGCACACAACAAUGAGAGGAAAUCUGUGCUCUGGAAGAAGUUUCAAAGCACAUUGGAGCAGACUCCAGCGACAGAGAAACCGAAUCCGAAAGUAGACUUCACAGAGUCAGAAGCCACAAAGGAAAGAUCGGCAGCAAGAUUGUUACCAACCAAUGCACCACCACCAACGCCAAGGCCUCCCCCUCCUCCUACUUUGUUCAAGGAGGUAAAGGAAAACAAAGGGCCGUCAGCACCAGCACCGCCGCCUCCUCCUCCGCCCUCAAAAGCAUUAAUCGGGUCAAGAGGAGUGCGACGUGUUCCGGAAGUGAUUGAGCUGUACCGUUCACUUACAAGGAAAGAUGCACAAAUGGAGAACAAGGCCAACCCUGCAGGAGUUCAUGUUUUUGCACUUACUAAGAACAUGAUCGGAGAAAUCGAAAACCGUUCAUCUUAUGUUUUAGCUAUAAAGUCGGAGGUCGAAACGCAAGGAGAGUUCGUAAACUUUUUGAUCAGUGAGGUCGAGUUUGCAAAAUUUUCAAACAUUGCAGAUGUGGAAGCAUUUGUGAACUGGCUGGAUCGGCAGCUAUCUUCUUUAGUCGAUGAGAGAGCAGUGCUGAAGCACUUCCCGCAGUGGCCGGAACGAAAGGCGGACACGCUGCGAGAAGCCGCUUUCAGCUACAGAGACCUGAGGAAUCUGAAAAACGAAGCCUCAUCAUUUGAGGACAACCUGAAGGAGCCAUCAAUCCUUGCUCUGAGAAGAAUGGAAGCAUUACAAGACAGGUUGGAAAGAAGCGUGAGCAGCACAGAAAGAACAAGGGAGAGUGCCAGCAAGAGAUACAGGGAUUUUCAGAUCCCAUGGGAGUGGAUGCUGGACACAGGGCUGAUGGGUCAGAUGAAACUGAGCUCACAAAGGCUAGCCAAGGAAUACAUGAAGAGGAUUAUUAGAGAUGUGGAGUCCAGCGAAUGUCCAAGAGAAGAAAGUCUCCUGCUUCAAGGAGUCCGUUUCGCUUUCCGGGUACACCAGGUGGUUUUGAUUCGGAGACGGUUCUCGAGUUCGAGGAACUAAAGAAGAUACGCACGAAUAGUAGACGAAAUGGCACGAUUUAGCUCGCUCUAUAUAGACUUGGACCCGGAAAUUGAUCGAUGGGGUGUAAGCAGAUUAGUAGUAGCAAAAAAAUGUGUCUGUAAAAUGGCCAACAUUUUAUUAUACUGGUAAACUCCUAGAUUGGUUUAAUUUGAAUAUGGAUUCGAAAGGUCUUCACUCA